ACACCACUCCCAGCUGCCUGCGCUAAAACACUCUCCCACGUCCCAUAUCCCUUUACAGAGUGGUAAUAGUCUCUGUGGCACAGCUGGAUCUGAUUCUUGAAGUUGGACGUUUCCAGCAGCCCCCUCCCCACCGUGGGGGACUGGAGGUGGGCACUGCGACAUCCAGCAGGACGGUUUGCGCCUCAGCCGCCGCUAACUGACGUUUUCCCGCAGACCCAGUCGUCUCGGUCGGUUGAUGAAAAGGCCAGAAGCUGGCCAGAUUUAGUCAGACUGCGAUCGGAAGUGAAGUGGGUUUACUUUUAAUACAAGAGCACAGGACACGUGAAACCGUUUGUACAAAAGUUAAAGAGAUAUGAACCCUGCUGUAGGGCCCCAGUGGUUAAAAACGCGGUGGCAAGCUCCAGAGCUCCUUGGCGGAUGGAGCAUACACACUCUGCUUCAUGUGUGACAAAACACACUGGUUCUGCUUUGGCGUGUAGAGCGUUCGGGGAAGACACAGAUUAAUAACGCAUUUGUCGUUUUCUUUGGUACUUCAUUCUGCAAAAGGCGUCACAACAUGUGGCUUAACAACGGCUUUAUUUUCCAAAAACUUGGACCGGAAGUGCUGCGUCUACGGUAGCCAACGUGACACUGUUGUGGUAAAGAGGUGCAGCUGCGGCAGCUGAGCAGAGGUUGGCGUGAGGACGCGGACAGGAGCGCAGACUGAGCAGCAGUCAGGACAACAUAAAUGGCCCCGCUGCAUACGGACUGAAAGAUGGGGCCCGCGGCGUCGCAGCCAUGGCCAGAUCCACCAACAGAAGCGCCAAGGACAGGGACUCUCGGGUAACCGCCCCCACGGACCGCGGAGAGGCGCGGGACCUGGCCGAGCCCCGGGAACUGUCCCUGGAAGAGGUGCUGAAGUCCUACGAGCAGCCCAUCAACGAGGAGCAGGCAUGGGCGGUGUGCUACCAGUGCUGCAGCGGGCUCAGGGUGCCCCGCAAGCCGGUCGGGAGAGUCAGCCGGGUGAAAGACCCGGCAUCCAUCCUCCUGCACCGGGACGGAACCGUGUCGUUACGGCAGGAGCCCCGACCCAACGGUUCCAAGUGGAUGCGUGUGUCCUCAGCUGACACUGAUGGGCCUCCUCCUCCUCCUCUUCCAACGACUGCAGAGCGUCAGCUGGUCCAGUCACUGGGUGUGGCCAUCUACCGAGCUCUGGACUGGGGGCUGAACGACAGCGAGGAGCGGGAGCUCAGCCCACAGCUGGAGCGCCUCAUCGAACAUAUGGCUGCUGGGGACCGGGACGCACAGGGCAACAUCACUGCUGGAAAUGGUACAACAGACGAGGGGUACAGCGGGCCAGAAGAGGAUGAGGAGGAAGAGGAGCAGGAGGGAGUGAUAAGGCCCGUGUGCACGUUCCGCCAGGUGAUGGUGCUGUGUGCGUCUCGGCUAGCCAGCCCGAGCCUGGCUCCGGAGCACUACCAGGCUGUUUGCAGGGCUUUGUUUGUGGAGACUCUGGAGCUGCAGACCUUCCUCAUCAAGAUCAGAGACGCAAAGGAGAUGCUGAAGAAGAUCACAUCAGAAGAAGCUCAGGAAGACAGGUCAACAGCUGAGCUGGACGCACUGAAGCACAGAGACUGGGCACGUCUGUGGGUGCAGCUGAUGAAGGAGCUCAGGCAGGGAGUGAAGCUGAAGAAGGUGCAGGAGCAGCUGUUCAAUGCGCUGCCCACCGAGUUCAGCCUCACGCCCUUUGAGAUGCUGAUGCAGGACAUACGAGCGCGCAAGUUCCAGCUACGCAAAGUCAUGGUAGAUGGUGACAUUCCUACCAGAGUAAAGAGGAAUGCCCAUGAACUGAUACUGGAUUUCAUCAGAUCAAGACCUCCACUUAAACCAGUUUCUGAGCGCAGCCUUCCCCCUCCUCCCCCACGGCAGCAGUCCCUCCAUGACCAGGUCCUGGCUGAGAUCAAGCAGGAGAGAAAGCUCAGGCCUGUUGUCCAGCCCAGCUCCAGAGCGUUUGGCUCUCUGCCCUGCCUGGCUCAGGCUUAUCCUUGUAAUGUCAAAUCUACUUCGUGCAUUGACCUGUCCGUGUCGGAGCCCGGGCCCCGGCCGCCGUCCCACCCGCGCAUCCUGCUCAAGGCCCCGACGCUGGCUGAGAUGGAAGAGAUGAACAUAUCUGAGGAAGAGGAGUCCCCAGACAAUGGGGAGCUGAGGAGGGCAGAGAGCUCCCCCGGCACUCUGAAAAGAGAUCGCUCCUUCUCCGACCACGACCUAGCCUUGCUCCAUGGUGAGAUGGUUCCUUCGUUCUAUGAGUCAGCCCAGCAGGGUGGGGCAGUCAGGCUGAGGGACCAGAGACCUAGGUCCAGGACGCUGACCAGCAGUGGGCCACCUCCAUAUUACAGAGCCUCCUUCCCAGCACACGGCUGGGCACCGCCCUCUCCAGCCUCCCUGUCUCUGAGCUCAGUUGACGAGGCCUCAGAGGGCUCAAAAAGGAUGUCAGGCUCCAGAGCUGAAGACGAGCACCAGUGGAUGGAGGAGUUCAGCCACCCUGUGGAGAGUCUUGCCUUGACGGUCGAUGAGGUCAUCAACGUGCGCCGUGUGCUUGUCAAAGCAGAGAUGGAGAAGUUUCUUCAGAGCAAGGAGCUCUACAAUAACCUGAAGAAAGGCAAGGUUUGCUGCUGCUGCAGAGUGAAAUUCCCUCUCUUCUCGUGGCCACCCACAUGCUUACUUUGUAAAAGGUCGGUCUGUGGCUCCUGCAGUGCAAAGAUGAAGAUCCCCUCAAAGAAGAUGGCCCAUAUUCCUGUGUACACCGUGGGCUUCCACAGCACUCCAAAAAGCCAUGGACACAAGGGCCAAGUCUAUAAGUCCCUGCGCAGUUUAUCUCGCCGCUCCGUGGAGGAGGAGUUCCCCCAUCUGUACGCUCACGGCUGCACGCUGCGCGACGUCUGUGCUGAAUGCACCAAAUUUGUCGCAGAUGUCAUUUCUUCCAGCCGCCGGAGCCUGGACAUCCUCAACAACUCUCCCAAGAGGGAGGCCAAAACUGCCGCUGUUGCUCAGAGACCACAGCUGCAGCGUCAGUCCUGCCUCGAGACUUACCCUCAACCAAACCCUCCCCAUCCUCACCCUCCGCCUUACCCGCAGUCUCAGUGUCACCCCGGGCUCCCUCCUCAGUCCCACUGUCAACAGCAGCUUCAUGCAUCGUCGUCUUCAUCACAGCUCCACACCAAGAGUCAACAGUGCGAACCAAUGAGCAGAUAGAAACUCGAUGCCUUUCUUCCCACACACACACACCUACACACACAUUCCUUAAUGAGCUGUGCUACUGCACUACACUGUGGACACAGACAGAGACAUAGGCUUCUCUAAGGCUUCUAGUGGUUACAUGUACAGCAGUACCGACUCAAAAAGCCAUCUGAUUGGUGUAAAUGAAUAUAAAUACUAAACGAAGACAUGUACUCCAGUGAGUUCUUCAGUAUUGCUGCAUUGGAAUAUUAAAUGCAUUAUUAACCUAAACAGACUGAGCUAUACAGAACCCUUUUUAGCAAGACUCUAGCAACUCUAAACCACCACCACCACCACCACACCCAUCGUCCGACUCCCAGUGAUAUUGUGUAUCAUUAUCACCCAGCAGAUGUUCUCUCACACACACCAAGGCCCUUCUGUUCACUCAGUGGGGUUUGAGUAACCAGCCGUCUCAUCCGCAACACCAUGACUUACUCACAGUGGCUGGGAGGCGAGAAUACGGGAGGAGAGGGCAGAUGGUGGUUGGAGUGGGUGGGGGAGAGGGGGAGCGGUUUUCACUGGGAGAGAGAAGCUGGAGGUGGGUUUGAGUGGUGGUGGUCUGAUGGGGAUGCACAGCAUUGAGUCAGUAUGUAAACCUGGCAUUUUAGCUCUCUGCAUUUGCCUUGUUCUUGUCAUGAAUGUAACUUAGAGAAACAGGAUGGUAAAGCUGUAAGCUUAUACACAGCACUGUAUCUUUGAUUUUUUAAUUAUCCAAAAAGGGAGUUGGAACGAGCGGCUACUGCAUUUGACAAUGAAAGACCCGGGUACAGCUGGAGGAGGUGUGGUGGCAGCGACACUGCAGACUGCACCUUGAACUGAUGCAGUUUGAUGAUGAUGAUGUGAAACAAGCAGAUCAAACUCCUGUCUCUCUCACUCCCCAUGGACGCUUGCAAUAAGCUCUGGGUUUGUAAACAUUAAGAAAACUUAAACUGCAAUAAAGUGUAACGAUGAACAUGAGCAGUGCUGCACCUGUGAGUCUUACUGUUUGCUCCUGCAUGCUUUGUGCAGCUGUUCUGUGGCUGCACGACCGCUCCGCUGCACUUCAUAAAUAAAUAGAACAUAAAGUUGUAUUUCUCA